AUGUUGGACAAGAAGAAUGCGGCGGCAGUUGCAGCAGCGGCAGCAGCAGGAUCAGGUCACUCACCACAACACCAACUUCUUCCCCAUCCACAGCUGACUCCGAUCGGCAUGGAUCGUGCGAACUCACCGCACGGAUCCGAGAGCUCCUACCACUCUGGCCCCCGCCCUGGCCAGCAAUUAGAUGCGCUGAAUGGGAUGAGCAAUGGUCGGCCCUAUGGUUCCCCCACCCCAAUGCAUGCAACGAUGGCCCUGUCCGACCCUAGUAUGCCUCCUACUAUGAUGAUUCCUGGCAUGCCGCAGCUCUCCCAUGCGCUCUCUAUGCCCUACAACAAGCCUCCUGAGCAGUCCCAGCAGCCACAACCUCAACAUAAGGCAUAUCCAUGCAGCACGUGUCAAAAAGCCUUCGCGCGGCGUAGUGAUUUGGCUAGGCACGAACGUAUCCAUAGUGGUAUUCGUCCGCAUGUCUGUGACUAUGAAGGAUGCGGGAAACAGUUUAUUCAACGAUCAGCUUUGACGGUGCACCAACGAGUUCAUACCGGCGAGAAACCCCACAUGUGUGAACGAUGUGGCAAGCCAUUCAGUGACAGUAGCUCAUUAGCCCGACACAGGCGCAUUCACUCGGGUAAACGGCCGUAUAAGUGCCCUUAUGCUAACUGUCAAAAGACGUUCACUCGAAGAACUACGUUGACCCGGCACCAAAACGCUCAUUCUGGUACAGUUGAAGAGGCAGCGGCAGCCACAGCCAAUGCUCUAGCAGCACAGGCUAGCAGAAACGCAGCUCGCGUGGCUCAUAGUGAUGGCGACCCUGGAUCAAACCACGGUUCACCACUGAACACACCCUCGCCAGGCCAGAGACAUAUGUCUAUCUCGCCUGGUGCUGAGCUUGCUGCUGCUAAUGCGAUGCGCAACAACGACUAUUCAUACGUGGGCAAUGGUUCACUUCCGGUGCACAUCCGUACCGAUAUGCAGUCUCAGAGUCCUACUUCAGCCCCGGGCUACCCUGCAGGCAUGCGACCUACUUCUCACCCAACGGUGUAUCCGCCACCCCCUACUCUAGAACCCAGUAUAGAAUCGCAUCAGUCAGGUACCGGUAGUACAGGUGGAAGUCCUCAUAUGGGUAGCGUCGGAUGGCAAUCGCCUUCGCACAUGGCUUCACCCACCCACAGCAACAAUGGCAAUAGCUACGUGUAUCCCGAUCCGGAUCAACCAUUUCUGGGCAGCAACAACCUGGGCCAGAUGUACUACAAUUCGAGCGUCCAAAUCCGACGGCCAACAAGCACGGAGCCCAGUUCGGCAGGAUACGACGUCAAGCCACGUCCUAACGAGCUGUGGGCUGGUCAGUAG